AUGUCUAACCACCGCAAUUUGAAGGAUUUAUUUCCCUCAAAAUUCAAUUAUAUUAGACCAAAAGUUGUAAUUUAUUAUAUUAAUAUUAUUAGGAACAAAGUGAAACAACAAAAUAAACUCAUAAAUCACCCUUAGGUCUUAGUUAAUUUACAAGUUUUUUUUAAUUAGCUCAAUUAUCAUCAAAAAAUAAAAACAAAUAAUCUUAAUAGAGAAGUGUAACACCUUAAAAAAUAAAAAUUGUUCAAUUAAAUAUACAAAAAUAAGAUUAAUCAUAAAUCUAAAUUCAAUCUAAACAUCAAAGAAAUUAAAGUGCAUCUAAUAUUAAUAGUAGUAGAAGUAGUUCAUUUUUUAAAGAUAAACAAGAUUACUUAUUUUAAAAUACAAGUUCUCGCAGUCCUAUUCAAUCAUUCUUGAAAUAAGAAUUAAAAUAAUCAAAAUUAUUAAUCAAUUCCUAAAUGCAUCAAUAAUAAUAAUAAUAAUAAUCUAAUUUAGACUUAUAAAAUAAAUCUAAAGAUUAAUCACCUAUUAAACCAGCAUUUUAUGAUAAUCUUGAUAUAAUUAAUAGAAAUACUGGAAGAAAUAAUUCUCAAUCACCAAAUACAUCAAUUUAAAAAAUAUCUCCUUUUAUUAAUCUUAAAUAAUCUAGUUCAAAUAACAUCAAAUAUCCAGAGAAUUUAAUAAAAUAAUAAAAUAAUAAUUUGGUGAAAGAGAAUAAACCAGCAGAUAAACCAUAUUAAUUAAUUAAUCAUGAAAUUCCAUAGAUAUAAAUAAAAAAAUAGGAAUUCUAGGUGCCAAAUUAAUUUAAAUAAAAUAAAGGACUAGAUAAUUUAUUUAAUUCUAUGUUAAGUAUUUAACAUAUAUCUCAUAUUUCAAAAAAUGAAAAUUCAAAGAGUAUUUUAAGAUAACAAGAAAAACAUUAAUCAAGUGAUGAUGAUGAGGAAACUUUAAUUGUUGAUUGCAAUAUACAAAUUAAUAAGUAUAGUUUUUAAUUUCAUUAUGUAAUUGGAAAGGGUGGAUUUGGAAAAGUAUGGAAGGUUGAAAUGAAAAAAAGCAAAUAAUAUUAUGCAAUGAAAGAGAUGUCAAAAGCUAAAAUAAUUGCUAAAAGAAGUGUUAAUUCUGUUAUGAAUGAACGUAAUCUUUUAGCUUAAUUCAAACAUCCAUUUUUAAUUAAUAUGAAUUAUUGUUUUUAAGAUAGAGAAAAUUUAUAUCUUGUAAUGGAUUUAUUAACUGGAGGAGAUCUUAGGUAUCAUAUAGGAAAAAUGAGAAGAUUCAAAGAGCAUUAAACUAAAUUUUUUAUUGCUUGUGUAUUUCUUUCAUUAGAAUUUUUACAUAAUAAUAAUAUUAUUCAUAGAGAUUUAAAACCAGAAAAUAUAGUUUUAGAUAAAUAGGGAUAUGCAAGAUUAACUGAUUUAGGAAUAGCAAGAGUAUGGAAAUCAGAAAAUUCUUAAGAUACAAGUGGUACACCAGGAUAUAUGGGUAAUAUUUAAUUAUUAAUUAAUAAGCACCUGAAGUAAUGUGUAGAUAGAAUCAUACAAUAGCAGUUGAUUACUUUGCAUUAGGAAUUAUGGGAUAUGAAUUUAUGUUAGGAAGAAGACCUUAUAAUGGAAGAUCAAGAUAAGAAAUUCGUGAUCAAAUUCUAACUAGAUAAGUAUAAAUUAAAAGAUCUGAAAUUCCUGAUGAUUGGUCAGUGGAGGCAGCAGAUUUUAUAAAUAAAUUAAUAUAGAGAAAGCCUGCAAAUAGAUUAGGAUUUAAGGGACCUGAUGAAGUUAAAAAUCAUCCUUGGCUUCGUAAUUUCCCAUGGUAAAAAUUGUUGAACAAAGAAAUUGAGUCACCUUAUAUUCCAAAGGUAUAAUUUUAUUAUUAAGAAGUAAAUUGAUGAUAAUGUGGAAUAUCUAAAUUAAAUAAGUGAAGAUAAUGAUAGUUAAGAUGAAUUAAUAAAAGAAAAUAAGCUUUUACUAAAAAAGAAUUCAGUUUAAAAUUUAUUUAGUGGAUAUAGUUAUGAAUGUAAUUCAAAAUACACUAAGAGUACAUCUAGUACUCUUUUUUUGGGAUGA